AUGCAGGUAGAUCUUGAAAGUCAUCAAUUCUGGUAUAACUUAAGUGGGAAUGAAAAAGAAGCAAGGCUUUCCACCAAGAUGGUGCCACAAGCAAAGAAGGAAGCUCCUGCCUCUUCCAAAGGCAAAGCAAAGGCCUUGAAAGCCAAAAAAGGUAGUGUUAAAUGGCAUCCACAGCCUCAAAGAGAGGAAGAUCCAUUUAUUACCCAGCUUCCAGUAGCCCAAGACCCUGCAGCUCCAGAGGCAGCCCAAAUACUCUCGAAAGAUAUACCCAAGAGAAACAAGCUUGACCACUAUGGCAUCAUCAAGUUCCCCCUGAUCACCGAGUCAGCCAUGAAGAAGACAGAGGACAAGAGCACACUUGUGUUCAGUGUGGCUGUCAAGACCAUUGAGCACCAGAUCAAUCAGGCUGUAACGAACCUCUAA